UCAUAUGUGAGCGCCUCUCUGGGAUCACUCACCGGUGUUGGGGUCGCAGGUUUCCACAUUGAAAUUGGUUAAGAGAAAAUUGACACUGCGUAGUUUACUGCAGGUUUUGAUAGUAAUCGAGUUUUACAGUUUUCUGAAGAUGUUGGCUCUAGUUUACUUGUAAAGAAAAAUGUAAUGCUUAUCUCAGAAGAACCUAGAUAAGUAACUUAAAGAGCGAGAUACUGUCGACAGAGCCCAUGCCGUCACACAGUAGCUGACUUGGCUAACUAACAUUAACGAAAGAUCUAGGUUCAUGUUUAAGUAUUACGUCUCUGACUAAUUAUACGCUAAAAUGAAGUGCCAUUACGAAAUGCUUGGCGUUAAAACGGACGCGACGGACGAUCAGUUGAAAAAGGUCUACAGGAAAUUAGCUUUGCAGUGGCAUCCAGAUAAAAAUUUGGACAACGCAGAGGAAGCAGCGGAGCAGUUCAAGCUGAUCCAGGCGGCCUACGAGGUCCUCAGCGAUCCACAGGAGAGGGCUUGGUACGAUAAUCACCGGGACGCUCUUCUUAAAGGGGGAGUCGUCGGAGACUACAAGGAUGACAGUGUUGACCUCGUCCAGUACUUCACUGCCUCCUGUUACUCCGGUUUUGGUGAUGAUGAGAAGGGCUUCUAUACAGUUUACAGAACCCUGUUUGAAUCCAUCAUGAAUGAGGAGAUGGAGCACAGUAAAGAGGAGGACGAGGAGGAGGACGAGUUCCCAUCAUUCGGUGACUCCCCGAGUGAUUUUGAUACGGUUGUGCAUCUGUUCUACGCCUACUGGCAGAGUUUCUGCACGCGCAAGAACUUCGCCUGGAAGGAGGAGUAUGACACGCGCCGGGCCUCCAACCGCUGGGAGAAGAGAGCCAUGGAGAAGGAGAACAAAAAGAUGCGCGACAAAUCCCGCAAAGAGCGCAACGAGCUGGUGCGGCAGCUGGUGGCCUUCGUGCGCAAGCGGGACAAACGGGUGCAGGCGCACAAGAUACUGGUGGAGGAGCAGAACGCAGCCAAGGCCAAGAAGGCGGAGGAGCUCCGCAGGCAGCAGAAGCUCAGCCAGGCCAAGCUAGCAGAGGACUACAAGGAGCAGAGCUGGGCAUCCAUGACUGAGCUGGAGAAGGAGCUCCGACAAAUGGAGGCUCGAUACGGACAGGAGUUUGGAGAUACAUCUGAGAGUGAGGAGGAGGAGGGGGACACGCUUGAGACGACAAACAAUGGAUGUGGAGAUAAUGUCCAGACAGAGGAAAUGGACGAUUUCGAUGAUAGCUUAUAUUGUCCAGCCUGCGAUAAAUAUUUCAAAUCAGAUAAAGCCAUGCAAAACCAUGAAAAGUCUAAGAAACACAAAGAGAUGGUGGUGUUUCUACGGCAACAGCUUGAAGCAGAGGACGAGUCACUGACCCCAAACUCUGGGGAGAAGGCAGAAAAUGAGGAGGACGAGGAUGAGGAAGGAGUAGAAGAGAUGGAGGACACCCCCCGGCAGAAGCUGUCCAAGAAGCAGAAGAAGAAAAAGAGGCAGCAGAAAAUGGCCCAGAAUCCUGCUGAAGAUCCGGAAAAGUCAAGUCAACCUCCAGACAGUACUUCUGAAGAGACGCCACCAUUAGAGUCUGACAGUGUAGAGAACACUCCUGUACCCUGUGAAGACCAGGCAGAGGAAGCGAUCCCAGAGGAGCCUGAACCCACAAACAAUAAAAGCUCGCUGAAAACCAAGGCCAAGAAAGGAAAGGACUCCAAGAAGGGCAGCAAGCCCCUUGAAGUUCAAGAGACAGACCCUGAGAAGGAGCAGAGCCUGCGUUGUGUGUCCUGUCAGUUUGAGUUCCCCACCAGGAACAAACUGUUUGACCACCUGAAGACCACAGGACACGCCACGGCCCUCUCUUCAGACACCAGCACAACAGCCAAAGGCAAGAAGGAGAAGAGGAAAAACCGAUAACUAUGGCAACGUGGGCCGGGACUAAACACUCGCCCGGCUAUGAACACUAUUUUUUUCUUUCCCCUUUUGUGGGAGUGGCUCUGUGAGUCAUGAGGCUGAUGGCUAUCCAUGGGGUUUCCAAACUUGUUUUAAAUUAAAAAUGACUAGAUUUGUUUUUAAAUAGAAAAUGA